AUGGCCCGCGGUGUCCCGGCCCCAUGCGUAGCACACCCUAGGGCCACUAUCCAUGCAGGCCGCCGUAAUGUGCUUGCACGGGUAUCUUCCAUCCCCUCCCGUCCCACUGCCGACGACGGGCAGUUCGACGCGGCCGACCUGGGCCUUGGCGACGCUGCGUCACCCUCUCAGACGCCGCAGCAGCAGCAGGACGCGCGCAUCGUGCAGCAGCUGCAGCUGAACGUCGCACACUAUGUCGUGGACGGUGCAUCACUGCCGGCCGACCACCCAGAUCACGAGGAGCCGCGCGGGGCCCUCCAGCUCAUCCCGGCCGAUCACCCAGAGGCGCCGCUGGCGCAAGGCGACGAGAUCGCCGCAGCAGCGGCGGGUGACGCAGCCGUGGCCGUGAACGUGCAGCUGCAGCCCCUGCUUGAGGAGCAGCAGCAGGAGCAGCAGGAGCAGCAGCAGCAUGAACAGCAGCAGGAGGCCGAGCAGCAGCAACAGCAGCAGCAGCAGCGCACCAGCAAUCAGCGGCAGCACCAGCCGCGCGCGCAGCAGCAACGGCAGCAGCGGGCGAAGUCGCCGCCCCAGCAGCAGCACCAGACGCCUGCGUGGCAGCUGCACCCGCGGUUCGGCGAGCGUGUGGAGGCGGCGUUUGCGGUCGGUGACACGGUCAUGGGGGAGGUGGUGCACAACGGCGGCAGUGGUGGCGCACGCGUGCGCCUGCUCGACCACGAGGGCGUCAUCGG